CACCUUGGGUUUUUACGACUAGUUCUGUUUCCCAAUAUCUCUCUGAGUUGUUCUUCCCGCACUCGCAGUGCCCUCGCCUAAUUAGUGAAUCGUGAGCGGGAAAUUAGUGGUUUUCCUUUAUAUUGACGUCGGAGAAGAAGAAGAAGAAACAGUCAUUGAAAUUUCAGUGUUUCAAUUCAGGGAGAAAAGAUGUCAUCUGGUGAUGGUCCAUCAGUGGAAGGAAAUACACAGAUCGUAACAGUACCUGAGCGACCUAAACAUUCUCUUCCGGCUCUUCCCUUGGCUCCUUCGAAUGUUGGAAACGCCAUUGUCGAGUACAAAAAAGCAAAUCCAAAAGAUGCAGACGAGGAUAUUGAAAUCAAGCUUAGAAGGAUUCUGGAACAAGUUCCUGUUCGUGUUAGCAAUACGUCUGGUAGUUCUGCUGGUUCUGGCUCUGGUGACUUUCAUCAGUACCGGCAAAUGAGGCGGAAAGAACAAGACCGACUUGCAAGAAUGCGAGUAGACUACGAUAAACGAAAAGAGCUAUCUGAUUUUAUGAUUAGAAAAGAAGAAAGAAUGAAGGCCGCAGAGGAAAGGACAGCAAAAAAGCGAUUAAAACGUCAGAAGAAGAAAAUUAAGAAGCAAUCGAAGAAGAGUAGGCUGAACCCUGAUGCAGGAGAGCAACAGAAGGACGAAUCUUCGGAGGACGAGGAUAAAUCAGAUGAUGAUGCUGGAGAGCCAGAAAUUCCAAAACAUAUAUUUGUUCCAGCUGGGAACAGGGGGAAGGGAGCAAUCAUCUUGUGAUGGCCAGUAUUUGAUGGUUGAGUCUCUUAUUCAAAUAUUCCCAUGUUAACAUAUGAAUGAAUCCAAUUCUAUCCUACUACUAACCACAGACGGUUAAAAUAGGGGAAGAACCGAAGAAGCUAAAUCGUUCUAGCUUGUUGAGUUGUAAGAGCUUGUUGGCUUGGCAAUGAAUUGUCAGUCACUUGUAUGUAGCAUAUAAUUUUUAAAGAACCAGCUGCUUUUUCUUUUCUUUUCUUCCAGAGUAAAUCAUUUUGUGGGUUUAAGCCCAAAUGUUCGGAUGAUAUAUUUUUCCCACUUUGAAGGGAUCCUUCUCCA